AUGAUAGCUACUACGCUAUCCCAAUAUGAAUAUGUUCUUAUAUGUGAUAAAUCUAACAUCCGAGUGUCUGGAUCACCACAAAUAGCAUGGGAGCAACAUGUUACUCCUAGAAUGACAAUGGGAGUUAUGCUCAGUGUUUCUCCCGAAACUAUAAGACAUCUCAUUGCUAGUAUUCACCAAUUGAUUCAAAUGGAUUUAACAAACAAUGAUAGGAGAAUUGGAGGUAUUGAUGCCAAUGGUCAAUCCAUUAUUGUUGAAAUUGAUGAAAGCAAAUUUGGAAAGAGGAAAUAUCACCGAGGACAUCGAGUAGAAGGUGUUUGGGUUCUGGGAGGUAUUGAGAAAACAGCAGAACGAAAAACAUUUUUAGUGACAGUUUUUCAGAGAGAUGCUGCAACUCUCCUUCAAGUGAUAAAGAAGUAUGUAAAGCCCAAUAGCAUUAUUCACACAAAUUGCUGGGCUGCAUAUGGAGGAUUGGCAUCAGUGGUUGAUAUGAACUAUACUCAUAGAACAGUCACUCACAAUCACUGGAAAAAUAGGAACGAUUGUCAGUCUGCAAACUAUGGAAACUGA